AGCACGAGUCUUAACACAACUAACCAGCCUGUUUCAUGUACAGCAAAUCGCCAAAGUAUAGGUUUGCUUGACAGCAGAAAUACAAGCGCAACACAGCUUUCUUCUGCGUUUAAGCGUGUUUCUUUGGCAGUUAUCGACAGUAGCGGUUGGACUCAAGCCGGACGGAACUCUGUGCCACUGCCUCCGAAGAAGGUUGGUGACUGCUUUUAUGGCAUUGCUCGACCGAACUAAAUUGCUGCAAUGGAGACUUCGUGGAGAGACGCAUACAACGAAAUGGACCACCUACCUCCUCUAUUGGAAGAUGAGGAGAAUGUGUCUCUGGCAGACAUCCUGACUUUGCAAGACAGCUGUCUGUCUGAAGAAGAUGUGUGGGCAGUUUGUGCAGAGUGCGUUCUAGCUCUGCAGAGCAUUCGACCCUCCCACCUGUUCCACACCUUGUGCAUUACUCCAGACACGCUGGCCUUCAACGCACAUGGAAAUGUUUGCUUUAUGGAACAGGUUAGCGAUGAUCCGGAGGGAUUAUUUGUGCCUCCUGAGUUUGACAGCACAGGUAGUACAUUUGAGGGCCAUGUUUUUUCUUUGGGUUCAACUCUGUCUGCGGCGCUGAAUUUUGUGAUCGAACCAGAACUCCGGGCUGAGCUGGGAGAGGUCAUUCAAAAGCUAUUGGAGAAAAUGCAGGAAAAGAAACCAGAGGAUCGACCGCUCAUAAAGGACAUCCUCUAUCAGGCUCAAGCACGUCUGCACCACACCUCAUCUGCGGCUGUGUGCCGUAAAUUAUCCUCUGUUGGACGGCGUGUGCUCUCCAUUGAAUCAAUAUCAAAUUUCCAAGAUGGACAAGAGAGCUGUGAGGCAAUAUGGCAACAUUCUGAAUCCCAAAGACAGAUUUCAUUUGAUAUGAGCAAAGAACCGUCUGUGAAAACUUCAAUGAAGGCAAAUGGUCUACCCAGACAGCAGGUGUGUGUAGGCUGGGAUUCCUCUCUCUGGGCCGAGGAUGCCAAUAUUUCAGACAGAUGCUGCAUGGGCUUAGCAGACGAGCUGGAAUGCUGUUCUCACAACACCUCACCACUGAGGAUGAGAGCCCAUCAGAGAUUCAUUAAGGCGAAAGGAGCACUGAAUCGCUCCUGCUCCAUCCCGGACUCCAAUAAUCCACCUUGCUCCUCAUUUCCUCACGGAAAUAUUACCAUACCUGUAUCAGACCUUACUGAGAUCGAAGCAGAUCAACGUUUUUGUUCCAAGUCUGUGCAGAGCAGCAGAUCCAAAAGAGUCACCCGAGGAAGGUCCUUGGAGUCAUACCCACGUAGAAUCGCAGAUGAUUGCGUGAGCUCAAUUACUGACUAUUCAACAUCAAGAGGAAAAAAAGAAGAUGCCGGCAAGUCAUCUUGGUAUAAAGAAAGCCAUUUUCAAGAAUGUCAUAAAAAUUCAUUGAAGGAAGAGAGUCAGAAUGUGGCCUCAUCCUGCACAUCGGCCUCCCGCAAUCGUGUGGAUGUGGAACAUGACACCCUCGGGGCCCAAAAAUCAUCAAAGAACCACAAGCUCUACAUCCCAAAGAAUGUCAUGACCAAAAGCAUGCUUUUCCUCAGUGAAGAAUGUACGCAUGAGUGGAUCCCACUAAGAGAAUUACUUGCACAUUGUGGCCUGGGGCUUACUGUGAAUGAGCUAUGGGCUCUCUGUUAUACUUGCCUUUCAUCCCUGCAGACCUAUAUUGACUUUCCAGCUUGCAUAUCCUUGGAUAAUGUAUACAUUGGCUGCACAGGGGAGAUACUUUUCUUGACACCGAAAAACAUUGAAUCUCAGGAUAAAUUUUAUCUUGCCCCUGAAUAUCAAGAGCAUGGAAUCGUAACUGAGAAGGCUUGUGUUUAUGGAGUUGCUGCUAUCCUUUGGGCAACUGCAAAGUUCACUUUGUUGCCCAAUCAGAAGCUUGUGAUGCCUCGCAAACUGAAGCGACUUCUGCUUGAAAUGGCAAAGAAUGCACCCGUCGAGAGACCUUCCAUUGCCAUGGCUAAACAGAGUUGCUUUGACUACUUAACACGUCAAGGAACAAAUGCUCAGAAUGUGUGGAACCAAUUAAUCAGCAGAGUUCAUGCGCCAGUAUCAAGAUCGACUGGAGAAUAUUUGAGUGCAGAUGACACAAACCAAAGUUUCAGUACAGAUACAUCUCAUAUGAGACCCGCUAUUCAAGCAACAGUGGACUCCAACACCCAAAAAUCUACAGUUCCAAAACCACACUUUUCGCCUCAGACAUCGCAUGAGUUCCACACUACAUUCAUUGUGCAGUUCAAAUACUACUGCAUCCCCCCAGUACCAGUGGAUUUUUCACUGUUUUGCUCUUCAAUGACCCACUCUUUUUCUUUCCACUGCCCAUGUGAUUCAGUCAGCUGUCUUUGUUUCUCCUCACUGGCCCAUCUUUGCACACUCCUUCUCCGGUGUGACAUAGACAUGGACGGUUCAGACGCAGGGCUCACUGAGGGAGGAGACCACUUGGCUAAGCCCAGCGAUGAAAGCCCCUCUGAAGCAGAGUGCCAUUCAAAGGAAAAAGAAACGUUGCCUGAUAUUUGUGGUGAACAGAUGAGUCCUAAUUGCCUGGAAGAGAUGGAGGACAGUGAUUCUCUAGUUUCAGAGCAAUUUAUCUCAUCUGGAUGCUCAGUAGACGGACCAGACUUGUACUUCAGGCCUGCCUGGGACUUGGCUUUUUUUGGAGAGGAGUGUUUUAGCCCAGAGGUUAUUCAGUAUGCUUCGAGUCUUGGCCAGUACUCAGGAUUGCCAUGCCUGGAUGUUAAAACACAGGAACUGCAGCAGCAGCUGAUCAUUGAAACAAGGAAUCUUAAGAAAAUGAGAAAUUUCUACCAGAAACUAAUUCAGCAAGAGAGAAAGAAUCAAGGUUUUGAAAACAAAGGAAUGUUGUCCAAACUCAAGGCUGAGCUUGAAGAACUGAGAUCCAAAGUGAUCUUGUUGAAUUACGUCAAGAAGUACCUUGAGACACAGAGUGUGGAUCAGUGGGGUUUGGACACAUCAUUACUGCCCUCUUUGUCUACUUGUGGGAUGAACUCUAUAGCAGUCAAAAGCUCUGAAGAAACACCCGUUUUGAGCUUUACAACUCACAAAGGGAAAAAAAAUCUGCAUGCAGGGACUCCUCUAGGUCUUAUGGCUUACCUUUAUGCAAAAAAUGCUGCUUCAGAGGGGUAUAUUCAGCAAUUUCUAUAUACUUAUCGCUUUUUCUGCACUUCUGAGCAGUUACUGCAGUUUAUUAUGGAGACGUUCAUCACUGCUGUGAGAGAGUGUCCAGACAAAUCCGAAAAUAGUGUUAACAUCUUACAUCGCAGUUUGGACUUGCUUUACAUGUGGAUUAUGGAUUGUAAAAUAGUUGACUUCACUCCAAAGUCUAAUGUUGUGGCUGUUUUGGAAAACUUUCUUCGUACUGUGGUCAUUCCUGCAGACAGUCGAGGGCAAGUCCUUCUUACCGCUCUUCAAAGUCCUCCAAGUAAAAUUUGGAGCUUAAGGAAACGGAGUGAAAUUGAAUAUGAAGCAGAAUCUUUUUGUGUUCAAUCAUCUGAUGAAGAUCAUAUGAGGAAGUGGAAAAUCUCAUCAGGAGUGGAGCCUUCGGCAUCUCUGCCAAAAGAGAAGGAUUUCUCCAUAUCUGCAGCUCUGCCCCUGCCUUGCUACAUCUCCAAUCCUUACAGCAGUGAUGAGCACAUCUCCUUCAGCCAGAAAAAUUGCAGUAUACUGAAUGUAGCCCAGCAACUCACACUUCUGCAACAGGACAUUUUCCACGGUUGUCAUCCAGUCCAUUUCCUCAAUUCCAGAAUUCAAGGUAUCAGAGACAAGCCCUCUAAGGGAAACAACUCUGGGUCCAAGCAAAUUCCACCAGUAGAGAGCAGCAGCCUGCCACACGACGGGAUGUCAUCAGAGUCCUACCUGCAGCAGUUGAUUGGUUACUCUGACAGCGUUAUAAAAUGGAUCUCUGGUGAAAUAGUCAUUUGUGACUCAGUCAAGGAACAAGUUGCCCUACUAACCAAAUAUCUAUGCAUUGGGAAGCAUUGCUAUGAAUCCAGAGAUUUUGCUACAGCCAUGCAGGUUCUCGGAGGACUGGAGAAUGUCAUUGUCAGAAAGUUACCGGCAUGGAAACAUCUGUCUUCCAAGAUGCUUGAGAUACUGGAGGAGCUACGAGCUGUGCAGGUGUUUCUGAAAAGUGAUGACUGUUGUCUGAUCACUGGGGAACACAAGAGGCGAAGGCCCACCCUGCCGUCAGCACAAAUCCUAGCCAUGCAUGUUCAACAGCGGGAAAUUGGAGCCUUCACUGUCACGAGCGGAGCUGUCAAAUGGACCAAGCUUAGGAGCAUUGCUAAAGUGGUGAGUCAGGUCCACGCCUUCCAAGAGGUAAUAUUCAACUACAACCCAGACCGGAACAUGCAGGCCUACCUUCGUCAUCGUAUCAGCCAGCUCGGCAAUUCUGACAUUCAGCUCCAAUCUGCUGCCCAUGAUGCGGAGUCCCAGCUGUCAACUGAGCGUGAAACAAGGAGGGUUCAGGAUACCCUGAAAAAGGUUAAGGCCUCCCUCCAGUGAGUCCUAACCUGGCCCCAUCUCAAGGCCUCACUCAGCGGCCCAUAACUGAACGAAGGCAAUUUGUUCUUUGUUACCAUGGCAACAAAAUGUGAGCAGUCUCAUUGACUUUUCUCAGCCAAAUACAGUUGUACCUCGACAUACGACAAAUGAUCUUUUCGACAUCUCUAAAAUCUGUACCCCACCUAUCUUACACUCAGUCAGCAAUUCGGUGCGUUCAGGUGCAGCAGGUAAAACACAACUACCACAUUAGAACCACAUUCUUUACAUUAUUACAGGAAUUAUUAUUAUACUGUGGUAUUAUUCCGAUUUGUAUUUAUAAUUUAUUUGUUUUGCUAUGCGCAAAUGCCAUUUGUAUUAGUACCAGCAGUAUUUAUUAAGGAUUUAGGGUAGGUUUCGGGCUGUGGAACGAAUUAAUAGAAUUAUAAUGUAUUCUUAUUGGAAAAUCCUGCUCGACAUACGACCAUUUCGACUUACAAACAAGGUCCUGGAACAAAUUAACUUUGCAAGUAGAGGUACCACUGGAUACUUUUGUAUCGGGUAAGACAAUAGCUAGACUUAAAGAGCAUAUGACACGAGAAAAAAAGUCUAAAAUGUCAUUAUUAUGUGAAUUAGAAUCAUAUUUUGAGACGAUUCGACUAUAUACAACAAUUUAGCAAAGCACAGAUGACGAGAAAUUAGUCUUUUAAUCUGCUGGUUAGCCACGCCUACCAUUAUAGGGCUUUAGCGUCCCCAACAGGUGGAUGACGUCAGCGGUAGACUUGGCUCAUCGAUUUUACUAUUCAGCCCAUUGAGGGGAAAUUAUUCAGAACGAGGAAAACACGACGAAGAAAGCCGCAAAAUGUCAUUGUUUCAGUCUCUCUACUCCAAUAUUUUUACAGGAUAUUCUUUUUACCCAAGUAUUUUUCCCCAAUAGCUAUAUAAAUGGCUUGAGAAGGACCAGUCAGCCCGUUGAGGGGAACUAUUCACAACGAGGAAAACGCGACGAAGAGAGCGGCAAAAUGUUAUUGUUUCUGUCUCUUUACUUCAAUAUUUUUACAGGAUACUCUUUUUAUCCAAGUAUUUUCCCCAAUUGCUAAAUAAAUGGCAUGGUCAUGACAAAUAACAGUCUUGUGCUGAAUGGAAUAUGAAAUAAUAAAAAUGCAUUUAUUCAGGACGACAUGGCAAAAUUACUCCAUAAUGGUCAAAACUGUCGACUUCACCUUUACUGUCGCACCUCCCGAACGAUAUUUUAUGACACCUAAAUCGGACAUAUGUCAUUUCCCUUCCCCGGCUUCGGAGAAUGUAAACAAACCAGAAGGCGUGACAGCUAGCCAACAUGCUAACCCGAACCGAGUGAUGUUUCAAAGUCUUCAAAGCGGAAAAUCACACAUAGCUAUCCUGGAUUAUUUGACAUGACGACCCGGUUGUCGAAUGUCUCAGCGGAUCGGCAAACCGCCCGGCGGAGAGCAAUUUACAGUUUGUUCCCCGGAGGAGGGUGGCUGGAGCUAACGCAGCAAACGUGCUGCUGCUAAUGCAUUAGGAGAGCUUUUUACAUGCCUAUCAAUGAUCAAACGUAAGUAGUCCUUCAUUUAAAGGAAGUUUGUAGUGUUUACUUUGUAAUCGCUGUAUUCGUAUUUGACAUAAUACAAAACAAGAUGUUUACUCACUUCAUCGUAAGUCCAAUGGUCCCACAGUAAAUAUCCACGGUGAAUGGGAACCUUUUGAAACUCCAAAAAGGCGCAUACGCCUCUCCCUCAUACAGAAUGAUUUUUCCGCAGCCGUUUGGCUGGCGUGAUGCGAAAAAUAAACGUAUUAAUCCGCAAAAUCAGCUGAAUCCUUCGUCCUCAUACACAACAGUACACUGUAGCGUGAAGAGGACGUCUUCUACCGUACACGUCACAGCGCCCUCCUCCUUAAUGCAAGACCGAAGCCGGAAGUCACUCAUUUUCCUGGCGCGGGAUUCAAAAAACUAAAUUAAUAUAGCGAUCGCUUCCACACACAUCCAAGCGGUCCAUAUCAUUCAGGAGCAUAAAAUACCGCGUGUAUUAUGAAAUAAACAUGCUUUUUCGUGUCACAGGCACUUUAAGUGAAACCCACAACUUUCUGAUAUUGAGCCAGGUGUUUAUUACACUAAAAUAAAUGUCAUAUAGCCUAAGGCAUAUUUAUUUCAUUUUACCUUUUAAGGCAUAAAUGUGCAUCAUAUUAAACACUGAUCAUGCCGACAGGACCGCAAAUAACUAGGAUCAGCCAUUCUUUUCAUAUGGCGGAAAACACAGACACGGCUGAAAAAGCAGUUUCUGCUCUUGCACCCCUCUUUAAAAUAAACUGCUGUAUUUUAAGCCAAAAGACCUGUUGUGUUUGAUAGAACAAUAUGUGUAUAUGCUGCCAUAGCAGUUUCAUGGCGCAUUAAGCUCCCGAACUAUUUUUAAUUUGUCCAUUAUACCCUGGAGACCCCCUGUUUACAGACACGGCGCAACCGCUUUUGUUUCAACCCAGCCAUAAAAUGAAGAUAAGUAAUUAUAUUUAUUAUUCAAAAUGUCCAUCAUUUGAAGCUUAGAAUUAUUAAUUGAUGUCUAAUAUUUAGUUUUUUAAAAAAUGACUUUAUAAAAUUAUUCACUCGAUAUUUUCUAACUUUUAAACAAAUUACGUCACUAUAAAAAAAAAAUAGUGUCUGUAAAUAGGUCACGGAUAUCUAGCUCAUAACUAUCACUUAAUUGUAUUUUUUUUUUUGUUACUGUCACAUUUUCCCCAAUAUUUUAGAUGAGAAAUAAUCGAUCCAAUCAAGGAAAAAAAAAAAAAACGUUUAAAAGGAUAAAUACUUAAAAAAGAAAAUCUCGACCACUCCUUAAUGUCUGUGAUUUCUGCAUUGCGACCCUUGCUAUAUUACCGUGUUUCACCCAUAAAAUCCCCCAAAAUUCACAGCUGUGUCUUGACACUCGCGAUAAUAUCUCGUUAAAAUCAUGGUGUCUUUGAUUAUGCUCGCUCAUGCUCUCACCUCGAGUUAGAGUUUAGGGGUUUGGAAGAAAAAAAAUUAAAUGCCCUCCUGUUCAAAAUUUUUCUUCCCCCAGAAAAUUUAGAUUUUAAGCUUUCCAGUGAUGUAUCGGAUAAACCUACAGGACAAUUUUGAUAUUUGGCCAAAUUGGGGGUCUCAGAGCGGAACUUCAAGUCACCUGAGUGUUUUCCACCAUGUACAGAAAAGGACUUGUUAUAAACUGUGUGGACAUUUAAUAGUGUGUUCUAAUUUAGAGGAAAUGCGCUCAGUACAAAAAAAUGUUUCCAAGUUGUUUAAAAUUAGAAUUCAUGCAUAUUUAAAAAGUAGGUGCAUGGCAGACUGCAUGACUGAUCAGCACGACGCCUCACAGUUCUGAGAUCAGGAGUUCAAUCCCUGGUUUGCAUUGUAGCAUAGAAUUUUUUUUUUUUGUGUGUUGUCCUAUUAAUAAAAUCUAAUAAAAUAUCUGCAAAAACUGCAUGAUGUGCUCAGUUUAAGGACAUAUGCUGUAAAGUUCUUCAUGGGCAUGG